AUGCAUGGACAAAAUGACGGGCACAGUUUGAGUAAUUGUAGGUAAUAAGGAACACUUAUUGCAGCAGAGGGUUCAUUUUUUGUUGUCAACACUUCACUACUCUCAGCACCUUUUGCACUAGAGUUCUUAACUACUCAAACCAAAAUUUGUGUGGGUUGGGGUUUCAUAAUAGGAGAGUCAAAAUUUGGGUAAUCUUUUACUGGCUGAAAUUUUUUGAAUUAAACAACAGAGCUUUACAUACAUUCUAAACAUUAAAGUUGGCACUUUUUCCGACAUCCGCACACCGUUGUCAAUUCCCUCUAUUUUUCUUGAAACUUAACGAAUUUAUCGGCAAUUGAAAUUGUAUUGUAUGUAGUAAGACGGCGACUGAAACAGGGGUUUAACUCUGACGGGGGAAGUGCAACAAUAGUGUGACCUUUUCUGCGCUGGGUUUUUGAAGAGCAGUUAAAAGACGAUUUCUGAGUCAGUGCGUCAGCUGUGGACAUAGGAAAAAAUCGAUUUUGAGUUUUUUGCAUUAAAAUGACUGUUGGAGGGUGCUAAGCAAAAGCGAACAAUAUUUUUUCUCAAAACCUUCAUCAAGGUAGAUUUUUUUACAAUUUAUUGUUUUAGAAGUAAUCGCCUCCAGCUGUCGUAUCUUACCUUACUGGGCGAUGAUUUGACGGUUACUGAAGUUUUUGACCCUUGCGAAGACGAUGGAAUCAUUAUUUUUCCGAUUUGCCUACUGUAACAUACCGUAAUACCCUAUCGGCCGCUAAAAAACGGCCGUAGAAUCUUUCUUUCUGGAAAUUUCACAGGCGAUUUUACGAUUUUUGGAAUCAGCAUAAAAUUCUGCUCUAGAGGCAAUCAAAAAAAGUUCAAAAAAAGCUGCGACAAAUUUCGUGGUAUAGUGGUUAGUGGUCGGGACUACCAAUCCAGCGACCCGGGUUCGAGUCCGGCUGGGUGCGAAUAUCGAAAAGAAGUCGGAAAUUAAAUUUAUUGUGAUUCAGAGGAUUGUAUAUUUUGCCACGAGCAAUUAUUAAUGUCAAUGGUAGCUGGAUUCGAGGUUAAAACGGGAUUUAUAUAAUUUUAGGGGCUCAAUACAUGAAAAAAUAAAAGUGCUUCAAACCGGUUGAAAUUGAUAAUACUUAUUCUAAGGGCUAUUCUAAGACACUUUCUCGUUAACUUUUCUUUGGUAACUUACUGUAACAUGGAUUACUGUAACGUGAAGUCCAAUUUUAUUUUUCGCAAACACGGGGCGUAGAGAGCUCGGACUAUCACCAUAUUGAUAGAGAUGGUUAAUAACGAGUUGGUUUGCAUACAAAAUUUUUUUUAUGGCCACACAGUUUGAAACAACCGGGUUAUUUCACGAAGUUUUGUCAGAUAGCGAUGAUAUCAAGACACACUGGAAGUGUAGCGAAAAUUUAUUUUGUAUACCUAUAGUGGACCUUCGUUGCUGUUUGAACGAACUAGUCAAAAAAACUCGAGACUGGAUGCAACAAUUUUGAAGAAAAUCCCGCUUAAGUACAAAAUCUUUAUCUUACUGUAGUGCAUGGAACAGUAAGCUACCAAAAAAAGUUAACGAGAAAGUGUCUUAGAAUAGCCCUUAGAAUAAGUAUUAUCAAUUUCAACCGGUUUGAAGCACUUUUAUUUUUUCAUGUAUUGAGCCCCUAAAAUUAUAUAAAUCCCGUUUUAACCUCGAAUCCAGCUACCAUUGACAUUAAUAAUUGCUCGUGGCAAAAUAUACAAUCCUCUGAAUCACAAUAAAUUUAAUUUCCGACUUCUUUUCGAUAUUCGCACCCAGCCGGACUCGAACCCGGGUCGCUGGAUUGGUAGUCCCGACCACUAACCACUAUACCACGAAAUUUGUCGCAGCUUUUUUUGAACUUUUUUGAUUGCCUCUAGAGCAGAAUUUUAUGCUGAUUCCAAAAAUCGUAAAAUCGCCUGUGAAAUUUCCAGAAAGAAAGAUUCUACGGCCGUUUUUUAGCGGCCGAUAGGGUAUUACGGUAUGUUACAGUAGGCAAAUCGGAAAAAUAAUGAUUCCAUCGUCUUCGCAAGGGUCAAAAACUUCAGUAACCGUCAAAUCAUCGCCCAGUAAGGUAAGAUACGACAGCUGGAGGCGAUUACUUCUAAAACAAUAAAUUGUAAAAAAAUCUACCUUGAUGAAGGUUUUGAGAAAAAAUAUUGUUCGCUUUUGCUUAGCACCCUCCAACAGUCAUUUUAAUGCAAAAAACUGAAAAUCGAUUUUUUCCUAUGUCCACCCCUAACAGACGGCUGAUCCACUGACUCAGAAAUCGUCUUUUAAAUGUUAAAAAAUAUACUUAAUACUAGGCGGGCCAAAGUGUCGCGACAUGUUUUCGCACCGUGCGGGCGCAUGCAUUUGGCGUUUCGCCGAGGUGUCGCGCGGUAAAAAUUUGCCGAGUGCAAAAAAAGAGUGCACCGCACGUCAAACUGAGAUAGGCUCAAAUUCUCCGGUGAGUUAGGGCCAAUGCACAAUCUGAAGGUUUGCUGAAAAUCAUAGGGCGCAGCUCGGAGAACUUGCAUGCUUUUAGUUGGGGAAGAAAUGGGGAUUUUUUGGGGCGAGAGAGUACGUUUUUGCGCGUCUUUUUCUCUGACUUCUCUGUGAAAUCAAGACGAAAUGUCAAAAACCGAUAGCGAAGUGUCUAUUCCGGUCACCGGACUCCUCAGUUUGGCGUGCACCGUGCUUUCGAUUGCCCUUUUCAAAAACACAACAACUAAAAAAGACAAUUUUUCUGCACUGUGCUCUUAGUGUGCAGGGUGGGCCACUUAUACAAUUGAAGAGCCACAUUGGAGCACUUUCUCCAAGUUCACUUCUCUAUUAUAACGCUAAUUUUUGAUGCCUAUGGGAGGGCAAUGUUUUUGACAUUUAGUUUUCUGUAAUAGUUUUACGAUAUCCGGAAAUUCUUUUCCACAAAGUACAUGUUUUCGAGCACUUUUGUGGGAAAGCAGGAGCAUCGAGCAAUGUCAAUGACUUAUGCUGUUGCGAGCUGUUCCCAUGCGACUACACGGUUUAAUUUAUCAUUUCAUCGGGUUCUUAUUUACCGUUUUAGGUUAUGCCAUGGAAUGGCAUGUUCGAGAGGUCUACGUAGUUUAUGUGGUAGUGAUUUGCACGGUCUCAACGUGUUUGUCGUUGUUGGUUUUGGGUUUGUCAAUCAAGUUGUGCCAAAGGAAGCUGCAAGCUUUGCGGAGUUAUGCGAAAAUCGUAGCGUUUAACACCUGUAUGGAUAUUUGGUUUAUCAUCACAACGGUUAUAAACUUUCCGGUGAGAGAAAACUGGCUCGUAACAUCACCAUGCUUCUUCUUUAGGUAGCAAUCGAAUAUCGGGGCUUGCUGUUUCUCGUCAACGAAAACCCUUUACUCCGGGCCUUGGACAAUUUCACUACGAACGUCUUGAUGUUAUUAUAUACAAACACAAUCAUACUUUUGGCGCUUUGUCAUAUGGUCCAUUUUUGGUAUCGAUAUCAAGUCUUCUGCAAGACCUCUACGUGGUCGCAAACCCGGUAUCUCCUCACGUUCCUCGGCUUCACGCUUUGGGUGGCGGUUGAGUAUACUUAUGCUUGCGUGGUGACGGAGAAUGUGGCUCCUUACUACCCGUUCCUUCGUCAGAUUGAGUUGUAUAACGGCAAUGUUCCUCCAUUCAUUGUGUUUUCUGUGAGUUUUUAGCUGAUGCAAGAAUUAGGCCGGGAAUCGGUAAACAAUUUGAGAAGCAAGAACAGGGGCGUGACUAGGCGGUCAAGGUGUACCCUACAGGGGUAAUGUUUGCCCAGACAUAUUCAGUUUUUCAGUACGCCCCGGUUUCCGUUGUGAAGAUGGCUCACUACCAAAUCAUCAUCACUACAUUCUACAGCAUGGUUUUGUAUUUUGGAUACAAAACGUGGCGUCAACUUCAUGUGAGACACUUACAUAUCGCUGCGCAAGUUCAAAACGCACAGCGCACUAUCCUCAAGACGAUGAUAAUGCAGGUAACCUUUGUCGGCAAUCUCUGAGCACUUCCCUUUAAGCAUCCGACAGAAAAGGGUUCAAACACGUGCCAUUUCAGGCCUUAUAUCCCGUGAUUAUCUUUCUUCUGCCUAUCGUCACGGCGCUCCUCUCCAUUUUUGUCGACAUUGACUUUGUGACCGCCGGCUACAUUCUCACCGCAGCAAUAUACUUUAUACCGAUCCUAAAUUCACUCUCGGUGUUGGCGCUGAUCCCUUCGUAUCGGCGGAUGGUAACUUGCGCGUUUUUGUGCAACCGCAAUACGCAUAUAAAAGUGGCAGGUAGUACUCGAGGUUCCAGACCGACAACUUUUUGAGUUAUAGCCUCAACGUGUCUGGUCUGA